AUGGAGACUCGGAAGUUCUUUCGCGGUUUUCGGCCUCGGGCCCUUAUCGCAGCAGCAGCAGCAGCAGCAGCAGCAGCAGCAGCAGCAGCAGCAGCAACAGGGGCUACGCCGUGGCCUGCAGACUCUGCUGCUGUUGCAGUUCCAGAAACAGCAACAAGGGGCCCCUGGGCCCCCUCUUCUGUACCCUCUAGUGCCUCUACAGCAGCAGAAGACGAGUUUGAAAUCCUGAGCCAGCAGCAGCAGCCUGCUGCAGCAGCAGAAGCAGCAGCAGCAGCAACAGCAGCAAAAGCAGAGCAUGUGGUCAAUGAGAGCAGCACAGACGCAACAGCAGCAGCAGAAGCAGCAACACCAAACUUGCAGCCGCAGGACCUCGAAGUGCUGCUGCGGCAGCACCUGCUGAGUCUCCGCGACCCUCGGCAGCUGCCGCUGCAGCUCGCUGAGAAGCUGCUGCUGCUGCUGCAGCCUGCUGUGGACGAUGCAGCAGCAGCAGGAGCAGCAGCAGCAGCAGAAGGAGCAGCAGCAGCAGCAGCAGCCGCCACGCUUCCACCCGAUAUCGUCAGUGCUCUUCGAGCAAAGGAUCCGCGGACUGUUCUUUUGGCCCUUCAAAACGCAGGUAAUGCAAUUGAGCUCACUUGA